GUUGUUGAUGUUGAUCCGUAAUCGUUGAACUUAUUAGAAGGUGCUAGUGCAAGCUCGAAAGCUGGAAGUUGUAAACUGUUCCUGUUGUUGGAAUUGGCAGGAACACUUGAAAUCUGCUUUGUAGAUCCCAACCCAGUAAUGAAUAUUUCGUGAAAAUAAAAUAUGGAGGAAGUCGAUAGAAUUAUCAUAGAUUCUCUCCGAAAUCUAGACUGCAAUUUAGGGGAUGAGACACAGAAUCUGAAGCAGUUUGAUGCUGACCUUGUUGUAUUAUCUGUGUCUACUUGCUUGGAAGCUAUUUCACCAAACACUGUUUUCCCAAAAAAACUACCCUCUUCAAUGAGUGCCAGACUGAAAUUAGCUUCAAAUCUAGCAGAAUACAUCAAAGACCUGGGUUUUAGAGGUGAUAUGGGAUAUCAAACAAUCCUAUACUGCAAUGAAGUAGAAGUGAGAAAAGUGUUGAUGUUUCUUAUUGAGAGAAUACCCAGAGAGACACAUAAAAGUAUUCCUAUUGAGCAAACUGGAUAUGUACCAAGGUUAGUUAGAACUAUAGAAGAAAAUAUCAAGAAUUCAAUGAGGCAAAUGUGGAUACCAUCUUGCUAUAUCAGAAGAGGGAUUAGGGAAAUUGAUGGUGGGUAUAUAGUGAAUAGCAUGAGUAGCAGUUGCCCUCUUCAAUCUAUAAAUUUGGUGAUACCUGACUCUAAAUGCCAAAAUGAAGUUUUGAAGCAGUACUGGGUUCACACAGUACCUGAUGUAACUGAACAAUGCUCUUCAAGAAAUUUAGUUCCAUCAUUGCUGUUCAAUGAUUUGGAAUUUCCUCAAAACUCAAGUUUGUUGAAAUUAUUGAAUAAACAAUCUCAAACACAGGUAAUUGAUAACAUUGACACUGAAAUGAUGAUAAGUUUGUCUCCCAAAAUUAUGGACAAUAGUAACCAAGAAGUGAAUAAUAAAGAAACUGAUGGAGUUGUUGAGAAUAAGACUAUGGAAAAUAAAAUUGAGAAAUUAUCAGUAGCACUAGAAGAAAACAAGGCUGAAUAUUUAGCAUUACAAGAAGAUAUUAAAAAUGACGAAUUGCAGUUGUCUCAGACUUCAUUUACAAAAAAUGAGGUACAAACUAUGCUCAAUAACAUCCUUGCAAAAGUAAAACUGAAGAGAAAAACCCAAGCUAUCAUAAACAAAAAGGAAAACAAAGUGAAACUCCAGAAUAUGAUACAAACUGCCAAAGAUAGACUUGUUGAACUUGCCAAUCAGUGGAAUAAUGUCCAAACACCUCUUCUAGAAGAAUAUGACAUGCUACAAAGUACUCUCAGUAUUGUGGAAACCAAAAUACAAGAUGAAAAAAGAAAACUUGAUACUGUGAAAGAUAUGCAUGCCAAGCUCCAUGAAGAUCUGAAACAAAAAACUGUUUUGGAACAGACUUUGCUAGAAAAGUGUCAAAAAAUGAAUAAGACUAAUAACAGAUCAGCUUAUACAAGAAGGAUUUUGGAAAUAAUUGGGAAUAUCAGGAAACAAAAUCAUGAAAUUCAGAAAGUUUUGAGGGAUACCAGAGAGAUUCAAAAAGAAAUAAACAAUUUGAGUGGACAAGUGGAUAGAUCUUUCACAUUAUCUGAUGAACUAAUAUUUUUUGAUGCCAAGCAUGAUGAAAUGGCUAGAAGGGCAUACAAACUUCUAGCAGCUCUAAGAGAUGAAUGCAACAAUAUCCUGAAGGCUGUCACAGAUAUGGGAGUAGUUGAAAGGGAGUCAAGAAAUAUUCAGGAGCAAAUUGAAACUGAAAAAGCAAAAGAAGUUGGGUUGAAACUUGAUAGGGUUUACUCAGAUUUGGCCCUGAUACAAAAAGAAACUCAAAAUCUUUUGAAACAGUCAAACAAUGUGUGAUAAUGUUUUUUUCUUCAGUAGGCACUAUGUUAAUGACAUACAUAUAUUAUGAUAACAGCUUUAAAAAAGAUUAUAAAGUUAUAUUAAAUAUUUUGCCAUAUCAAAUAAACUAUUUGAACUCAAGCCCAGUUAUUUGGAUUCCUCUGUUUUGACCAAACUUCAGGUGGUACAUAAUUCUGUUCUUCUUUCACUACUUUCUUCUUGGUUUUGGGUGCAACCAUUUUUUCCAGCCCUGCUUCAAUUUCUAGUUCAAUUUUUUCCUCAUUUUCAAAGAACCAAAGUUUUGUUUCUUUUUCCUGCAUGGAUUUUUUGAGAUUUUCCAAGGUUUCUAGACGUUUUGCUCUAGAUAAUUUUUCUUUUUGGUCUUCCAAGGCUUGUACUCUCUGGCUCUCCCAUUUAGAAAAUACUUCACAUUGUUCUGCAAUAUCUCUCUCAGACUGAGUUUGUACAACUUUUUCCAAUUCAGAUAUCAAGUGUUUUGAUAUAUCCAUAGAUUGGGUUUUUAUUUCUGAUACUAUAUUCUUUAUACUCUCAUCAUCUGGUAUUAAAUCAAUGAUUUCCUUAUAUAAAACAAUAUUGUCUUUCUUACAUGAUGUAACAAAUUCUUCAACUUUAUCUAGCUUACCAAAUAGAGCCCAACCCAAAAUGCUAAAUGAAUUACUCAAGGGGUCAUUUUUUGCUUUAUUAAACAUGGCCAAUGUUUUUCCAACAAUUUUUUUGGGAUCCCUCAAGUCAAAAUGAUCAUCAUCAAAUGGGUUUCUCAAGAAUUUGACACGAACUUUUACUUCUUCUUCUGGUUCUUCAGGUGGUGUAGGAAUAGGCCAGCCUUCAGGUUUUAGUAAAUAAUUGUAACAAUGAAGCAAUGCAAAGCUGUGAGUUAUAGGGUGUUCAUAUUCUUCCUGUAACAUUAACUGGCUUGCUACUCUAGCACCUGAAGCAUAGUCUGAGCUUUUGUAAAAUGAAUCCAUCAAUAGAUUUGCAGUGUAGUAAUCCAAAAACAAGCCAUAGUUCAACCUGUCAUCUAAAGUGUUCAAUAAAUCAUCUUUUUUUCCACAUCGCAGCAGAGCCCGUACAACUGCAUGUGAUGUGGAGUUCAGUGUAUUUCCAGUAUCUGCAGUUAACCUCAACUUAUAAAGAAUGUCAAGUAGCUCAUCCACAAAUGUGUCAUCAGUAACAGCAUUUGCGAAUAUAUCAACCUCCACAGCACUCACUUGGCGUGUUUUCAAAAAUCUAGAUUCUAAUUCAUAGUAGAGAUCAUCCAAGUUAACUUUUUGGAGAAUGGGAGAGUUCAAUCUUCGAUCCCAAACUUCUUGACAAUAAUAUGCCUGAGAUAAAAAUGUUCUUACAUUAACGUUGAAGUUUAUAUUACUGUAUCGACCCAGAAUUUGUCUUUGGGAAGCGAUUUUUUUUAGUAAUUUGUACAUUUCAGACUUAACAAAUACACAAUCUCACUCUUUUUGAUUUGAACUUCGAAGAGUGAC